GGCGUGACAGGUUCCCGGUCGAGAGCGAGGCCCAGUGCUGCAGGCCAAGUGUUUAGACAAGCAGAUAAGCCAGAACACCGGAACGAGUGGAGAUAAUUUAAGGCGGAACUGAUAGCAAUUUUCAAAAAAAGGCCACGAUGGAUCCCAGUAUUCUAGCAACCAUGGACCGUGACGCACUGAAAAAGCAGAUCGAAAACAUGAAGUACCAGGCCUCGAUGGAGCGGUGGCCAUUGUCGAAGAGUAUCGCAGCCAUGCGAGAAUACGUGGAGGAGAACGAAAAGAACGAUCCACUGAUUCACGCACCGGACAAGAAGAAUAACCCUUGGGCCGAGAAGGGGAAAUGUGUCAUCAUGUAAAUAGCGUCCUUUCUACCAAUACCACUACUACUACCACUACUACUACUACUACUACCAAAACUACCACUAGAGCUACUUCUUCAGCCACGUCCCACUACUACCUUUUCUACUACUCGAUAUCCUCGAAUGGCGGCAGGAUUUUUUUUUCUGACUUACCAAAGAAAAGAAAGCUAGGGAGCAGAAAACGAACAAAAAGUCGUACCACUUGUCGUACGUAACGCCACCAUGGCAGAUCUAAGCGCCCUGAAGAUGGCGAUGCUAACCACUAACUCUGCCUCCUAGAGCCCUCUUCUGCUCGAUCCGGAGCUGUAUUGAUGCUUGAUUUGUAUCUGUUUCUUUUCGUCGGUUCCCUUUCUAAAUGUCCCUUCUUUAUUCUAUGCCAAUGAGUGAACAAUUUCGUACGGGCGGAUAGAGCUAGGAGUACAGAGCGAUAGGCAUUUAGAAACAGCAGUAGAGAAAGGAAUGCUAGUCAAUCUACUACGAUGCGAAAAUCAAUCACAAAUCGAGUUCAGGAUCGUCCCUCUAUCGUAAAGGACCUUUCAAAAGGAUCGCCCCUCGAAAAGUGGGGCUUUUUUCUUCAUUUAUGUUUCGGUUUGACAUCGGUUAAGUAUAAUCGACACCCUUUCGUCCUUUUCGAGCGCCAUCAUGAACACGAUCGCGAUCGUGGAUAGGGCGAGAGCUUUCCGUUCGCUUUCACUUCGAAUCUCAACCACGAAACCACGGUCCAAUUAGCUUUAGGUUCCGGACCCGGGUCCGGUCGGUGUUGUUUCGUUGUAUGUUUGUUUUGUUUUUUGGUUUUUGGUUUCGUUUUCGUUGUUUCGUUUAUCUGCUUCCUUUUCCGUCGACCGAGACAAGCAGAAGGGCAUGCGAUUUAAAACUUGUUAGCGUAGCGAGCAGCAACAACAACCGGAAACAGCAGCAGCAGGAGCAAUGUAAACGAAUAAACGUUGUGUAACGUCGCUAUCUCCAACCACCAACCGGGACGAAAGUGUGCUAAGCUGUGCUAAUGAUAACAAAAUGCAGAAGACGGAGAAAAACUCAAUGAAGAAAAAAAAACAUUUGAAUGAAAUUAAAGAGAGCGAACUAGCGCGAAGUGGCUAGUUUGUGAAAACAAAACAAAAACCCAACCGACCAAAAACCAUCUCAAUCAUUGUGCAUACGUUCGCCUGUUUUAUGUUGUUCGUUGUUUCGUUCGUUGGUUUAUUUUCUCUCUCUAUUUUUGUGGUUUUUCUUUCGCCGCCGGUGCAAACACUGGUACACAUACAGCAAGCACACAUACAGACGCACAUACUCAACUCACCUGUACAAAACAUGCAUGGGCCAACCGGUAGUGGGUGGGCUGUAAGAAGGAAGUUGUCGUGUGGGGGGCAUAUGGGACACAAUUUUGUACAUUUUUCAACGUACCAAAAGGAAACAUACAAACAAAAAUUGCUACAAAAAAACCCUGAUGUGGCUCGGAGAAGAGUGGAUCCUCGGGAAUGCAAUCAGGAUGCAUUCGGUCGGGUUGGGUGUCGUACUUUUACUCGUGUUUGCUGGAAUAAAUCGUACUCUUGCA